AUGGACAGUAAAAAUAUUAUUCAAAAUAAUAAAUUCGAAAUUAAUUCUGGAAUAAUUUUAAAAGAAUUUUAUAAAAGAAAUAUGAAUGAAAAAUUAAUUCAGAAAAAACCUAUAUAUAUGGAUAUAUUACAAGGUAAUUCAUAUUAUAAUGAGGUGAAUAAUAAAGAAUGUAACUUAAAUUAUAUAUUGAAGGAACAUAAUACAAUAAAAAUACAUGAAGAGAUUAAAAAAAAUAAGAAACAAAAUGAAAUAUAUUAUAGUAAUAGAAUUUCUUAUAUAUAUAAAGAUAUAAAAUAUAUAGGAAGUAAAAUUCAUAAUAAAAAUACAAGUUUAUUACAGCCGAAAUUUGUUGGAAAUCAUUCAUAUUACGUUUCCACUUAUAAUGUAACAAAAAAGUUAUAUUCAAAUAUAGAAGAAUAUAAUAAAUGUGAUAAUUUUUCAAAUUUAUAUAUUCAUAAUAAUGAUAAUGUGAAUAAGGAAAUUAUAAAAAAAGGGGAAAAACUUGAAAAUAAGCAUAACAAAAUAUUAUAUUAUAGAAACAGUAAAACACAUAACAAUAAAAGAAAUUUUUUAUUAAAACAUGAAAUUUUUUACACUGAUAAAGAAUUAUUUAAUACAGAUGAGACGAGUUUUAAAAAGUUAGUAAAUGAUAAAAGUACAAUGAAAUAUUCAGAAUAUAAAAAUAAUUUAAUUUUAGGAAAAAAUGAAAUGCAAAAGGGUUCUUAUUUUUCUGGAAACUUUAAUAAUUCUAAUAGAAUGAAAAAAGAUAUUUUUAUUAUAAAAAAUAAAAACUCUCAUGAAACUUUAAAAAGUGAUCAAAAAUAUGCUUCUUAUAAUUUUAAAUCCAAUAAUUAUUGGGAACAGAAGAAGAAAAUAUUGCCUAAUAUUUUUACAAAUGAUUACCAUUAUGAAAAUCUAGAUAACUGCUUAGCUGAAAAUACACUACUUAAUAAAAUUAAUAAUUUCUCUCUUUAUAAAAGUAAAAAAAAUUAUUAUUUAAAUAGUAUUGAUUUUCCAAAGGUUAAUGAAAAUAACUCAUAUAAUUUUAAUGAUCAAAAUAAAACAAAAAAUAAUUUAUAUAAUUAUGAAAAUAAUUCAAUUCAAUUAUAUACUAAUAAAAAUAAUAACUCUAUGAUAACAUGUGAUCAGAAGUGUCAAGUAGAAAAUACAGAAGAAAAAAAAAGUGGAUUUACAAGAUAUAGUCUGUAUAAAGAAUCUUAUUACUUAAAUAAUGAACUAAAUAAUAAAAAUAACAGAAUAAGUAAAGAAAAUGUAGAAAAAGAAAUUACAUAUUUGAAUAAUGAUUCAACGAAAAAAUGUAAAUUAAAGAAACAGCAGUUUGAUUUAGAAUAUAAUAAUUCUUUUGUUAUAAAAAGUAAAAAUUUUCAAAAUGAAAAUCAAGUAGGAAAUAUAGAUAAAGGUAGAGAUGAAAAUGAAAUUAAAAAUAUAGAUAAAGGUGGAAAUGAAAUUAACAAUAUAGAUAAAGGUGGAAAUGAAAUUAAAAAUGUAGAUAAAGAUAAAAAUGAAAAUAAAUGUAUAAAUAGAAAUAAAGGUAUUAAUGAAAAUGAAAUUAAAAAUAGAAAUAAAGGUAUUAAUGGAAAUGAAAUUAAAAAUAUAGAUUUAGAUAAAGAUGAAAAUGAAAAUAAAUAUAUAAAUAGAGAUGAAAGUAUUAAUAAAAGUGAAAUUAAAAAUAUAGAUAAAGAUGAAAAUGAAAAUGAAUGUAUAAAUGAAAAUAAAGGUAUUAAUGAAAAUGAAAUUAAAAAUAGAAAUAAAGGUAUUAAUGAAAAUGAAAUUAAAAAUAUAGAUAAAGGCAGAGAUGAAAAUGAAAAUGAAUGUAUAAAUAGAAAUAAAGGAAUUAAUGAAAUUAAAAAUAUAGAUAAAGAUGAAAAUGAAUGUAUAAAUAGAAAUAAAGUAAUUAAUGAAAUAAAAAAUAUAGAUAAAGAUGAAAAUGAAAAUGAAUGUAUAAAUGAAAAUAAAGGAAUUAAUGAAAUUAAAACUAUAGAUAAAGAUGAAAAUGAAAAUGAAUGUAUAAAUGAAAAUAAAGGAAUUAAUGAAAUUAAAACUAUAGAUAAAGAUGAAAAUGAAAAUAAAUGUAUAAAUAUAGAUAAAGGUAUUAAUGAAAAUGAAGUUAAAAAUGAAGGAAAAUAUCAACAUGAAUAUUUUCAAAAUGAUAUAUGUAAAAAAGAAAAUGAAAAAUUAAAGGAUCAAUUAAAAUAUAAGGGAGUAAGUAUAUUUUUUAAUGGUGAUAGAAGGUUUUUUCUUUUUGAUAUUCCACCUAAUGAAAUAAUAGAAAGAAAGAAUAUUCAAAUAAUUGAAUUAAUAAGUGAAGGAAGUUUUGGUAUUGUUUAUAAGGCAAUAUGGAAUAAUAAAAUUGUUGCUGUUAAAAAAGCUCAUGAAAAUAUGUCUUUAGAAGGCAUGAGAUCAAUUGUUAGAGAAAUGAAUACAUAUAGAUCAGUUUCGCAUGAUUACAUAAUAGAAUAUUAUGGAGUUUGCAUAGAAGAGUCUUUCAUAGGUAUAGUUAUAGAAUAUUUAAAUAAAGGAAAUGUGUUCGAUAUAUUAUACAAUAACACAGUGGAUUUAUCUUAUGAAAUACGUUUAAAUAUGGCAACUCAAUUAGUGUGUGUAAUUAACUAUCUUCAUGAAAAUGAAAAGAUUGUUCAUCGAGAUUUAAAAACUAGCAACUUACUAUUGGAUGAAAACUAUAAUUUAAAAUUAUGUGAUUUCGGAAAAACAAGAAAAUUAGACAAAGAUGGAAAAAUAGUUUUAGAAGAUAAUGGAGGAUCUCCUAGAUAUAUGGCUCCCGAAUGUUUUAUCGAUAAAAACAUAAUAACUGAAAAAGCUGAUAUAUGGGGACUUGCUUGUUGCUUGAUUGAAAUAUUUGGAGGAUUAAUUCCAUUUCAACAUAUAAAACAAAAAGAAGAUGUUAUUAUUGAAAUAUUAUUAAAUAAAAAAAAACCAGAGAUACCCAAUUGGUUUCAUCCUGAUCUUCUAAGUUUAUUAGAAAGAAGUUUUUCUACAGAUCCUAAUAGAAGACCUUCAUGUAAUGAAUAUCUAAAAUUACUUCUAAAGUUUUCAUCAAAAAAAAUAAAAAGGAGUCAAGACAUAGUUUAA